GCAUUUCAGUAGGACUAUGGAGGAGCUGGUUCAUGAUCUGGUCUCAGCACUGGAAGAAAGUUCAGAGCAAGCCAGAGGAGGUUUUGCUGAUACUGGAGAUCAUUCUCGAAGCGUGUCUUGUCUUCUAAAGAGACAGGCAAGGAAAAGGAGGGGACGGAAAAGACGUUCAUUUACCACCCAUCAUCCCUGGGAGACUGGUCACUGCCUAAGUGAAGGCUCCGAUUCCAGUUUAGAGGAAUCAAACAAAGACUACAGGGAGAAUCAUGCUACCAAGAAAGACCACAGUGAUUCUGAUGAUCAGCUGUUGGUUGCUAAACGUAGGCCUUCCUCAAACUUGAAUAACAUCAGAGGCAAAAGACCUCUGUGGCAUGAACCAGAUUUGGCUGUGGACAGUUUGGGAAACAGAACUUUGCGGAGGAGGAGAAAGGUGAAACGCAUGGCAAUAGAUCUGCCAUCAGAAGUCUCUAAUGCACUGACAAUAACUCAACAGCAGGAUAACAGCAGAGAUCAAGAAAUGGACAAUAACAAUAAAUCAUACCAGCACCAAGAGUUUUCCAAGAGCAAAGUGAAAAAAAGGAAAGUAUCUGCAGCUCGGCAAGGUCCAGAAAUCUUGGAUGAAGGAGUAGUUAUAGAAAAUGAAGAAGUGAAUCAAGCAAAUAAGGACAAAAUGGAAUAUGAGGAGCAAAAAGGCUCAGAUGAGAACAUGAGUGACAGUGAAUCCAGCAGUCUGAGCAGCAGUGAUGCUGGUUUGUUUACCAAUGAUGAGGGAAGACAAGGUGAUGAUGAACAGAGUGAUUGGUUUCAUGAAAACGAAUCAGGUGGAGCAUGUGGAAUUACUGGCAUCAUUCCAUGGUGGGAGCAAGAAGACUCCACAGAACUGGAGAGAGAAUUGCCUGACCCAGUCUUUGAAAGUAUCUUAACUGGUACUUUCCCUCUUAUGUCCCGCUCAGGGAGGAGAGGUUUCCAGAGUAGAUGUAGUCAUCUUCAUGGAAUGCCAGCAAGAAACAUAAAAAAAGCUUCAGGAAACCAGAAUGCUUUGUUUGCUUUAUCUCCCUUCAGAAUCUAUCAUGAACAGAUAACUCCAGGACCAGGUGGUAGCAGGAAAACAGUUCACUUGUCCCAGGAUUCUCUUCAUCAUGAUCACUGGUUUAGCCCUGGGGCUAGGAAGGAACAUAGCCAGCUUCAGCUGUUGCGAGACAACCGCUCAGAGAGGGGACACAAGAAGAACAGCUCUGUAAAAACAGCCAGCAGGCAAACCAGUGUACAUUUAGGAUCAUUGUGCAUGGGAGACAUCAAGCGGAGAAGGAAAGCUGCUCCCCUGCCAGGACCCACAGGGUUUGUAGGUGAAAACACCCAACCAAUCCCAGAAAACAACAUUGGGAACAGAAUGCUUCAGAGUAUGGGCUGGACCCCAGGCACGGGCCUUGGACCAGACGGCAAAGGGAUAGCAGAGCCCAUACGAGCCGUCCAGAGACCCAAAGGACUUGGACUUGGAUUUAGCUGACAGAGACAAAAAUAAAGCUCCAAAUUAAUUUAAAAAGGAAAAAAAAAAAAAAAAAAGAAAAGAAAAAAAUGGCAAACAUAUUACUUGUUGUGAUCGGCAAAUCCAGAUUUUCUUCUCUCAGAGAUGGCUGAAGCUUCACACCAAGAUCCACCAGCUGCAAGGUACAGCCGCAGUGACAGAACCGGCAUUCGAGUCUAGCUUCAUAAUGGUGCUAAAAUGUACAAAAACCUCUACUUUUUUAUUUUCUGUGGUCUUAAGGUUUGUAUUAAGCAUAAAAUUGCAUAAAAUUCAGUAUAUUCACUUUUUUUUGUAAAAGCUUCUGACACAGGAGGUUUUAGUAUAUAAGUAAAUUUUGUUUUGUAAGUGUAAUUUCAUCUCAAGAGCCUUGAUAAGAUUUGUUGAGGAAAAUGGAAUUUUUACAGCUAUUGUGGCUUCCCCCUUUUCAGGCAAAGUUUCCAAACCUGGUAUUUAUAGUGUUUAACAAUAUUUGAGUAUAAGCUGUCAUUAUGGCCAUACUACAUACAUGUUUCCCACUGGAAGGUGAUAUGGUACACAAUUUUGUCUAAGAGCCUGAAGAAUAGCUUUGUUGUCAUAGGAAUGCCAUUCCAACACCAUUUUCUGGCAAUGUAUUACUGUCUUCCACAUUCAAGCUGAAAAGAAAUGUUUUUAUACUUGUUUUUACAUUUAUGAAAUUAUCUUUCCUCAGCAAAUAUUGUACAAAGUUAAAGUUUACUCUGACUUUGGAUUUCCCUUCAUAUUAAUAAUCCUCAGUGUUGCCACAUUUAAGAAUAGUUUGAGCUUUGAAACAGGAAAUUGUAUUUUAGGGAUGACUAUUUCAGUGUUUUUCUGGGGUUUGGCAGAUUUUAAACAAUGCAGUGUUCAACAUGGUGUUAAUGUUUGGCUUGUGACCGUGCUGUUGCCAAUGAGCCACAACCUUUAAGGAUCAUGAACAGAAAAAGGGCAAGGAGAAGCAGGAUUAGGAUGGAGGAAAGGAAGGAAAAAGAUACUUUGAUGGCAUCUCACAAAUCUAAGCUAGCAAUUUAAAAUCAAGAGGGAUCAUUAAGUGUUUUAAUCAGUAUCCUAAUGUAUCUAAUGUCAGCAGAAGCAAUUUCAUUAAGCACCAACCAAUCAAGCUCCUAGGGUACUUAUUAGUGUGCUGGAUAAAACAAAUUCCACUUUAAAAUUAAAUGAUAGGGCUGAAGGAAAAUGUUUUUCAGAUGGACUGAGGAGAAAAUCCUGCCCCUCUCACCACCCAUGCCUGUAGUAGCUGGCAAUAUUUGCCCUCACUGCAGAAGGAACAGGAUUUGAUUCUCUAGUCUUUUUUCCUUCAGGAGGAUGAUCUCCCUUCCACAGCUCCCACGCUGCAGAGAAAAAUACUUAGUUCCAGAUGCUUGCAAAGAUAUUUCUUUAGGAUAAAAAGAGCACAGCUUUGUUCAUGCAACUGUGAAAUAUAGUGAUUAAUUUUAAGACGUGUUGUUAUUACUUUCCUUUUUCUCGCAGCUUCACCCGUUUUUCCAAGAAAAUAGUAGCAGGAAGAGAAAUACCAGCAGCAUUAUGGCAUUAAAUUUUCUUAAAAGAAAUGUUCAUACUUUCCAGUGUGAUUACUGUCAGUUUGGGGACAUUGUUUCACUGUACCACCAUAGUGUAGAGAUUACAGACUAGCACCUAAUGUUGUUUUUAUGUUAGUUGAAUGUACAUGUUCUCUGAGUUUCAGGAAGACUAUUUAUUGCUGUUUAAAUACUUUAUAUGAUUGUGUGGUUUGACUUUUUAAAAUUAUAGGAAAUUUUAAACAUAAUUGGGAUUUAUACAGCAAAACAUACACUUUUUAUUGUAAAGUUUUGGGGCAUAGUAUGAUGUGAGUUCAAAUAUCUCUUGCACAACUGAACUUGGUUAAAUACAUUCCAUAUCUGAAGAAUUUCAAGGCCACAUAAUUGCAAAGGGACAAGAGCCUGGAAUUCCACAGCUGGCAGAGGUGCCCACUUGUGUGUUACUACAAAUAAUGAGUUUCCAUGGCUUGCACCUGUUUUGUCAGUGCCAUGCACUCCUGAGAGCAAGUGAACUCUGAAAACCUUUUUGUUUUGUACACUACAAUCAGAAAUCCCUUUAAAUCAUUUUCAACAUGUGAAUUGCAUAAGUGAAUCUUUUAAGAUGUGUUUGUUGUAGCUUUAUCUGAAGAACUGUGAAGGAAUACUCAGUCUGUUAAAAUUCCAGUGUUUUGCUUUAGUUCCAACACCUGCAUGUCUUGGACUGGAAGUAUGGCACCUAUAACACUUCUCUGAAGUAUUUCUGUGCAAUUUACCGUAGCAGUAGUUUCUCAAGAAAUAAGUGUAGAGCUCCAAAAGUACUUUAAAGUGUUUCGUGUUUUUCAAAGGUAAGAGGGAAAUAAUGGAUACAUGUUGAGGGAAAACAUCUUUAGCUCAUUCAGCUCUUUUUUCAUGCAUUCCUACAGGUGCAGUGAAGCAGCCAGCCUAGUAGACAGUCAUAAUGGAAGAGCAGUGUAAUCAGAUUUAAAAUCUUACAGGUUUUUGCUUUAAAUCAGCCUUUUAGUGAGAAUCUACUAGACAUUAAGUUUAGAUAAACUGGUUUUGAUAUAGAUACACUUUGUUUUUCCCAGGUGUUAUCAUUAGAUGCCACAGCUGACAGUAUACUUCAUUUGCUAGAAGCUGUAGAACAAAGUGAUUUAUUAAAAUAUCUUAAUGUAGUGUUUUGAGAUAUUUUCUGUGCAGUAAAAAUUCUCAUUCUGACUCACACUGUGAUUUUGUUUUCAUUUUUCCACAUCUCACAGGAUUGGUUUUAAAGAUCACUAGUGUGAUUUUGCAUAGUUAAAGCUAGUGUUAAGAAACAAAACAGAAAUUAAUUACAGGGGUUUUUUUCUUUUUUUUCUAGGACAUUGCAAUGUUAUUUGGCUUUGAAACAGGUCAAAAUACUUGGAUUUACUGUUCAUUUUCUUCAGAUAUUUCUAUGUCUAACCUGCAAUCAUACUAUGAUACCUGCUAUAAAGCUGGCACACAUUAUUUUAAAAUACAUAUACAAGUUUUUUCUUAAAUAAUAAUUCUUCAUGCCUGUGACACUGAAGUUUUUGCCUACAUAAAUAAGUAUGGGAUCAUCUUGUAUCUAAAAGUUGUCAUCCAUAACUUGCCAGAUUCUUUCCAUUUGAAUAUUUGAAUCAGUAGCUCAGCUGUUACCAUAAUAUUCUUCCUCUGAAGAAUGUUUAGUGAAGAGACAUUGCCUAUUAUCAGCACUGCGUUUUGCUACAUGUUCCAUGGUGUCUCAAAGUUCUGUGAAUUGAGCCAUUAAAUGUUAAUAAAAGAAACCCAUGAGCAGUAUCUUAUUUCUAUAUAAAUAUUUGUCAAAGUCAGAGAAGCAUUAUCAAUAUGCUUGUUUUAACAAGUUUGUCCCUUCAUUUGUCUUUCUGCAAUUAGGUCGAUAAUGGGUGUAGAGCAUCAGUAAAUAGCUAAAUGAUAUGUAUAGUACGCUUUGCUUUAACAACACAAAUGCAAGAUGAAAUAAAAUAAAUAGACUCAA